GGGGACCUCCGAAGAUCUUAAGAGUCUGGGUUUCAGCCCCCUUUCCCCUCUUGAGGUUUCGGAGAAAGAGUUGAAAGCUUGAAAGAGGAGGGAAAAAGAAAGAAAAGAAAGAAAAAUGUCUCUGUCGUGCGUGAAAAUGUCGGAGGAUGUCUGGUUAACAUGCGUCACUCAUGCAUUGUCUACGGAGACCGAAGAGAUCAUGGGUCUUCUUCUUGGAGACAUUCAGUACUUAAAAAAUGGGAGUGCCACCGCACUAAUCUGGGGAGCAUCACCUCAGACACGGUCUGAUCGACGAAAAGACCGAGUAGAGACUAAUCCUGAGCAGUUGGCUGCAGCAUCAGCUCAGGCUGAGAGAAUGACACUAGCUACAGGAAGAACAACAAGGGUGAUUGGGUGGUACCAUUCACAUCCGCACAUUACAGUUCUGCCGUCCCAUGUUGAUGUGCGAACUCAGUCCAUGUAUCAACUUCUAGAUACUGGGUUUAUUGGGCUCAUAUUUUCCUGUUUCAGUGAAGAUGCACUCAAGGUUGGAAGAAUCCAGGUCAUUGCAUUCCAGUCCCUGGAUGGGAGGCAGAAGCACACACCUAGACCUGUUUCUGUGUCGCCGGUCAGCAGUUCAGUUAUAGAGAUUGAAACAUCUUUGAGCUCCUCUGAGGGUGCACCAGCUAGAUCUGGGUCUUCAAGGGUAGACAACCUCGAACAGGACACUGGUGAUUCAAGAGCAACUGCUGUAGGUACCAAGGGUGGAAGAAAAGCUGCAGAUUUGGAGGGAUUUUUUGCGCAUGCGGAUGUCAACUAUCUUGGGAAAGAGAAAAUGGUAGCAGAUUUCCAUAGUGACAACUUACAAAAUGCUAUUAUUGAUAUAGACUCCAUGGAUAUGACAGCAAGUAUGCAGGAAGCAAUGCACCGCUCAAAUUUGGACAUGAGUGGUGCAGAGUAUGUCAGAAAGGAAAUUCAUCUUCAAGUUUUGCCAACCUCUUCUCUCUUGAAGCUCGAUACACCUUUAACUUCAUUUAUAGAGUUGCAACGUGUAGUUUUUGAAGAGGAGCAUGCUGCAUAUAACCAGGCGAUCUUACAGAACAUGCGGGAUGGGAAAGUGCAUCCCCUUGCUUUCAUUCAUCACACAUCAACAUACCAGGCUUCCAUGUGCAAGUUAAUGGAGUAUUGUUUAAGUCCAGCUAUCAGUGUUCUUCAAGACCGUCUGAGAGAAAAUGAAAUUAGGUUAGCUGUGCUGACAGAGGAAGCUAAGACUUUGGAGAUUGAAACCUUUAGCGGGAGUCAGUCCAGUAUGGAAUCUCCUCGGAAUUUAACACCUCAUGGGUUCCGGAGCGGUGCACACAUGGGUCAGAGGGACUUAUAUUCUUCAGCAGAGCCAAGUAAACUGAGGAGUUCUGCUGGUAUUGGUAGCCGGAGCAGAAAAGGUUCUUAAAUGUCCAGCAGUUAAAUCUCUUUCUCAUGCAUUAUGUAAGUUUCAUGUUUGAUUGGAUGGCCUUUGUUUUCUCUUCUUCCUUGCCUGUUCUUUCUUUUGUAUCUUGCAGAUACUUGGUGCAAUAUUCAGAUUGUAUGAUAUCAGAAAGAAAGAAUGUUCAAAUGUGCAUUUGAU